AUGACUUUGCAACUACAGGUCCGCAAGGCUCUUCGUCCCACCAAGCUCCGGGAGAGCCUCCAGCCCGGUACCAUCCUGAUCCUCCUCGCCGGUCGCUUCCGUGGCAAGCGUGUCGUCCUCCUCAAGCACCUCGACCAGGGUGUCCUCCUCGUCACCGGUCCCUUCAAGGUCAACGGUGUUCCCCUCCGCCGUGUGAACGCUCGCUAUGUGAUCGCCACCAGCACCCGUGUGGACAUCAGCGGUGUUGACGCCAAGACCCUCGAGAAGGUCUCUUCCCCCGACUACUUCACCAAGGAGAAGAGCAAGGAGAAGAAGUCCGAGGAGGCUUUCUUCAAGCAGGGAGAGAAGCCCCAGAAGAAGGUUGUUGCCAGCGCUCGCGCCUCCGACCAGAAGGCCGUUGACCAGUCCAUCCUGGCCAACGUCAAGAAGGAGGCCUUCCUCGGCUCCUACCUCGCCAGCACCUUCAGCCUCCGGAACGGCGACAAGCCCCACGAGAUGAACUGGUAA